AUGAAGCUCUUGCACUCGGGCCCCGCGAGCUGCGGGCUCGGAAGCCUCUCAGGCCCCGCUCACCGGUGGGAAGCGAGCCGGAGUCUCGUCCCAGGCCCUCGCUGCCGCCUUUGGAAAAGCGUCGAGUCCCGGAGUGCCGCCGAUGACUUCCCUCCAGGGGUGCCCCUGCAGGACGGGUGUUCUGGGGGACACACUCUGGGUCCUCCUAAGCCACCUGCCCACGGGGAAGGGACCACAGCCAUCUCCGGAGUCCUCCAGAAGGACGCCUUAGUGCGACAACCCCAGCUGGAGAGCGGUGUCCUGCCCGUCAGGCCUGGCGAGGAGGCAGCAGGCAGCAGCGGAGGGCUGGGCACCCAGAGGGCACCGGGCACCCAGAGGGCACCACGCUGCCGCCACUGCGAGGUACACCAGAUGACCGGGAAUUACAUGUGGGACCCCAACACCAACAAGUCGUUUGACAUCGGUGUCAACAGGGACAGCCUGAUGCCACUCUGGUGGAACGGCUCGGAGCCGCUGUGGGUGACGCUGACCAAGGCCCAACGGAAGGUCUACAUGUACUACUGGCCAGGCUGCGAAGUGGAGAUUCUCGGUGUCAGACCUACUUACUGCCUAGAAUAUAAAACUGUCCCAACGGAUGUCAAUUUUGCCAACGCAGUCAGCGACGCUCUUGACUCAUUCAAGAGUGGCCGGGCUGACCUCGCGGCCAUAUACCACGAGCGCAUCGACGUGGAAGGUCAUCACUACGGGCCUGCAUCACCCCAGAGGAAAGACGCCCUGAAGGCUGUGGACACCAUCCUGAAGUACAUGACCACGUGGAUCCAGGAGCGCGGGCUGCAGGACGACCUCAACGUCAUCAUCUUCUCAGACCACGGAAUGACUGACAUUUCCUGGGCGGACAGAGUAAUUGAGCUGAAUAAGUACAUCAGCCUGAGUGACCUGCGGCAAGUGAAGGACCGAGGCCCGGUGGUGAGCCUUUGGCCGGCGCCCGGGAAACUCUCUGAGAUCUAUACCAAACUGAGUUCAGUGGAACACAUGACUGUCUACGAGAAAGACAUGAUACCGAGCAGGUUCUAUUACAAGAAAGGGAGAUUCGUCUCGCCCUUGACCUUAGUAGCAGAUGAAGGAUGGUUCAUAACUGAGACUCGAGAGACGCUUCCGUUCUGGAUGAACAGCACUGGCAGGAGGGACGGCUGGCAGCAGGGCUGGCAUGGCUAUGACAACGAGCUCAUGGACAUGAGGGGCAUCUUCCUGGCCUUCGGACCCGAUUUCAAGUCCAACUUCAGAGCUGCUCCGAUCAGAUCCGUGGAUGUCUACAACGUCAUGUGCAGCGUGGCCGGCAUCACCCCCCUGCCCAACAACGGCUCCUGGUCCAGGGUACAGUGCAUGAUGAGGGGCCAGGCCAGCUCGGCCCCCAGGGCUGCGGGCAGCUGUGUGCUGGCCGCGCUUCUCCUCCUGCUCCAGGCCUAGCCCCUCCUGCUGUCCCCACUCAGCCCAGUGUGUCCCCCACGCUGGCC